AUGUAUCAACCACAUAGACAAUUAACCGCUGUUGGUCAGUACUGUUAUAAAGGACGAAUAGAAGAACAAUCGAUUAAUCUUAUGGUAGCAGAAAAUCCUCGUUCGUGUUUAAAUCAUGCAUAUUUGAUUGAUUCUGUACAUGGUGUCACGUUACAAAAACGUCAAUGUAUUCACUUUGACGCAAAGAAUAUCGAAACCAACCCCGGUGAAUAUCCAAAAUUAUUUAAAUUUGAAGAAAUUCGAGUUUAUAAUGAAUUAGUAAGAUCCUCAAAUGAUAUAAAGGCAACAAUUAUUAGUAAAAUUAUUUUUCAUUUUCAUCGACAAUCGUUUAUUGAUUAUAUUAAUGAGAGAAGACGAUUAAAUGAAAGAAAAAAACAAAAUAAAACUGAUUUUAAUAUUUAUUUAAAAACGCCUAAUGAACUCGUAAUUAUAUUGAAAAAUGCAUCUAAAGUAGGUUAUCAUCCUUGUAAAGGGUAUAUUACCGAGCAAUAUAAUAAAAGUGAACAAAAUAAACAAGAAAUUAUUGGAACACAAGCUCAGUUGAUAUAUAUUAGAGAAUUAAGAACAGCAACAGUUUACAAAAUAUGUUUGUCAUGUUUAAUUUCAUUGAAUGUUUACGAAGAAGAGCAAUGCAAAUUCACAAAAACACUGAAUAAAUCAACAUCUGUAAAAGUUGCCGUUGUUACGACUAUUGACAGAUUAACUGAGACCACUUCUUCUUUCACACCGAAAAAGAUGAUGUUAACAACGGUUAAAACAGUUUGA